CUCUGAUUGGUUUCCUCCGUGCCUACCGUGCGUUUUUAAAUUCCCGCUGUUUUUGGAACGCAUUAUUGCACGUAUUCGGUCCUGGAGAAAUUCAUCUUUUAGUUAGUUGUAUUUGACGUUUUAAAAGAUGGAUUAUGAAGUGCUUUAUGCUAAGUAUCUACAAGAUGGAUGUUUGAAAAUAGAAAAUUUCCUCUCGCUUGACGAAGUGGAGGAAUUAAAGAAAGGUGUAGCGGAUGUCGUUGAAAAUAUACCUGAUGAAAGCGCUCGUGUGUUUUCUGUAUAUGGAGCUGGAAAACAAAGAAAAGCUGAUGAAUAUUUUAUAAGCUCUGGGGACAAAAUCGGGUAUUUCUUCGAAAAUGAUGCAUUCGAUAAAGAUGGAAAGCUACUGAUGGAUAAGAAGCAAGCCUUGAACAAAGUUGGUUAUGCUCUGCAUUGGUGGAAUCCAAUAUUUAAGAAGCAUAAUUUCAGUCUAAAAGUAAAGGACUUAUUACGUAACUUUAAGUACAAAGAUCCAGUAGUCACUCAAAGUAUGAUCAUUUUUAAGAAACCAAAAAUUGGAGAAAUAGUUCGACCUCAUCAAGAUUCCACAUUUUUAUACACUGAACCUCCAACCUGCAUAGGGCUUUGGUUUCCUCUAGAGGAUGCUACUGUAGAAAAUGGUUGUCUAUGGUUUGUUCCAGGAUCUCAUAAAGAUCCUGUUCAUCAACGGUUUGUCAGAAAUCCAGAUGGAGAGCCCUUGUUAAUUCUUCGAGGAGAGUUACCUCAUUAUGAUGAUGACCAAUAUGUUCCAGCCCCAGCUAAGAAAGGGGAUUGCGUCGUAAUACAUGGAUCUGUUGUACAUAAAAGCGGGAGAAAUACUACAAAUGUUGCUCGAACUGUAUACACAUACCACAUGGUUGAAAAAGAUGCUGAAUGGAGCAAAGAAAACUGGAUUCAACCAACAGAAGUACUACCAUUCCCUUCAGUCUACGCAAAUUAAGGGGAGAAAAAUCUACGAAAAGAAUAUCAUUUAUAAGAAUGUAGUAAUAUCGUAAAUGGACAUGCAUUUUAUUUUUUUAUUUUUAUUAGUAAUUCAAUAAAAGGUAAAAUUUUCAA